AUGGCGCCAAACAAGAAGGGCGGUGAAAAAAAGAAGGGGCGCUCUGCCAUCAACGAGGUUGUGACCAGGGAGUACACCGUCAACAUCCACAAGCGCAUACAUGGCGUGUGAGUACACUGUCUGGGGGCAAGGCACCACUCUGCUACUGUUGAGUUAUGGAAGUGGAUUCCCUGCACUAGGUUUUCAUGAAGUGCUGUAUGCAAGUAGGACACCUUGAGAUUAGUCAGGAGUAUUUUCUGGUUGCCCGGCGAUUAUGAUCACAAAAAUGUAAAUUAACUUAUUUAAAUGAAGAAAUGCCAUAUACAUUAUUGCCAGCCUUUCACUUACACAUAGGGGAGGAACCAGAUGGAUCAGUUCUGGAAUUCUUUGUAUAUUGGUUGUCAGUAAAAAAAUAAAAACUGAGCAGACUCCACUUGCCCGACUGCCAUAAAUGUCAUACAUUUUCUGUCUUUCAUUUUUUAAAUAAAUGGGGGUGGAACGAGAAAUAUCAGUUUUAGGCUUCUGGAAUUCUUUGCAGUUUGGUUGUUUUCACAUUUUUUUUAACAUUUUUUUUAUCACUUGCCCAGUGGGGCAACCUCAGAGCAGGCUCAACUAGCACAACUGCUCAGUUCACUUGCCCCAGGCAAUAGGGCAACUCUUAAUGUCAAUCCCUGCCUCGACGUAAAAUGCUGAAACAUUUAGCAUUGUUUUGAUUUUGUACAUGCUGUAUGUUGGAAGUAUGCUGUUGCCUAUGGAAAGAGGUGCCAAUGUUAUUGGGCUUAGGCUGCUGAAAAUGUUGUGGCUCUAUUUUUCAUUUGAGUUGUUGUGGCUGGAUAAAAACAGCUUGUGCUGUGUAGUUCAUUGCUGGAUGCUUGUUUUGGAACUGCAAUUAUGGGCAUAGUCCUAAGUAGGGCUGUGACGAUACCAGUAUUGCAAUAUAUUUUUCCAUAGCAAAAAUGAAAACGCAAAGCAGAUCUCUCUCUUUGGUCCUUUUAAAACCUGCUAUAUGUAAAAUAUUGUGUGAUAUAGCUUGGAAAAUAAAUAAAUGUGACUCUGGAUGACCCCAUAAUGUUUGUUUCCAACAUUAGGGUUAUUUUCCUAAAGAAGUUAAAUCUGCUUUGUGUUGUUUCCUUGCUAUGAUAAUAACGAGUAUUGCGAUACUGGUAUCGUCCUGGCCCUAGUCAUAAGAGUAUGUUCAAACCAAAACGCAUGUCCAACGCAGCAGUGUGGUGGGGUAAGGAGAACAUUUUGGUAAAACCGCUGUUCUAUGCUUUGGUUGACAGAUAGUAUACUUCGUUGCAACUUUUCUGAUGAACAGACAGCGCAAGACAAAGGCCCUCCCACAAUGCAUUACUCCAAUUGAGUUUGUCUGGUUUGAAGGCAUGCUAAGGGCUUUUUUUAUUAUAUUGCUCAUAAAAGUUCCCUUUGCUUGCUUUGUCAGGAGAUGCUUUGUCAACCUCUUUUGAUAAUCCGCGCUGUUUGGUGAUGUAACUAACAUUGCUUCUUGUUCCUGUAUCCCUCCAGCUCCUUCAAGAGGAGGGCACCUCGCGCUCUCAAGGAGAUCCGAAAGUUUGCCAUGAAGGAGAUGGGAACCCCUGACGUGCGCAUCGACACUCGCCUAAACAAGGCUGUGUGGACAAAGGGGGUGAGGUAAUUAAACCCUUGUUUCUUACAUCAGAGGCCUCAAGCUUUUCUGUACCAGGGACCAGCAGGCUAUGGACUUUCCUUGAUUAACUGCUCAAUUUUAAAACUGAGGGACCAUGAGUUGCAGGUACAGUCUACUACAGGUUAAUGCUGUGGCUGCAAUGAGUGUUGUGAUGACAUGCACUUAACUGGAAUAUGAACCAGACUAUGCUGAAUUCUAAAGUCUUUGCAGCCUUGUCAAAUUCAUUGCUUCCUCUACAAUGGACUGCACUGGCCAGAAUGGCUGCUACAGUGAAACUGUAGUUCAUGGGCCUCAUUCAUUUUCUGUGGAUGUUGGGGAUACAUUUGUGCUAUAGACAAUUGAUUGUUAAUUUCAGUGAUACACAUUCUGUCCAAUUUUAAGUCUAAUGGAUAGUUGAGCAUCAGGAUCUCUCCGUGUCUCUCCCUCCAUCCCGUCAUCUCUCAGACAAAUAAUAAGCACUCUCGCCCCUCUCCUUCCUAUCUGCUUUAUGCAGUAUUGUCCCAAUAUCAAGUGGUAGAGGCUAGUUAGACCAACGGAUAGCCACUUUGACCGAGCCAGCAUCAGUGAUAUCCUCCCGAGUGGCGCAGCGGUCUAAGGCACUGCAUCUCAGUGCUUGAGGCGUCACUACAGACCUCUGGUUCGAUUCCAGGCUGUAUCACAACCGGCCGUGAUUGGGAGUCCCAUAGGGUGGCCCAGCGUCGUCCAGGUUUGGCCGGUGUAGGCUGUCAUUGUAAAUAAGAAUUUGUUCUUAACUGACUUGCCUAGUUAGAUAAAGGUAAAAUAAAAUAAAUCCUGGUAUGCUUGGCGAUGGGUGUAGAGUUAGUGCAAAUAGUACAAGUUGAUGCCUGUAUAAAGUUUUCUGCAUUGCCAUGCACUUAGAUGCAAUGCACACAAUUUCCCCAUGCUAACUGAUUAUUUGUAUGUUAUUUCAGGAAUGUCCCAUACCGUAUGCGCGUUCGCCUGUCAAGGAAACGCAAUGAAGAUGAGGACUCUCCCAAUAAACUGUACACCCUCGUCACAUACGUCCCUGUCACGACAUACAAAGGUAAGCCCAAUACUUGCUUGACUAUGUGCUGUAUUGACUAGUGUUAGUUUUUUACUCUGUUUAUUUAGAAUCUAACGGAUGACUAGGAAAAGCUCAAACCAAGUUUAUUCACCCACUGGGUCAAAUAGCUGCAAAGACGUACAUGUUUCCACAAGGACAUACAGUCAAAAGUUUGGACACCUACUCAUUCCAGGGUUUUUCUGUAUUUUUACUAUUUUCUACAUUGUAGAAUAAUAGUGAAGACAUCAAAACUAUGAAAUAACACAUAGAAACAUGUAGUAACCAAAAAAGUGUUAAACAAAUCAACAUGUAUUUUAUAUUUGAGGUUCUUUGCACACGCUUGGCAUUCUCUCAACCAGCUUCAUGAGGUAGUCACCUGGAAUGCUUUUCCAAGUCUUGAAGGAGUUCCCACAUAUGUUGAGCACUUGUUGACUGCUUUUCCUUCACUCUGCGGUCCAACUCAUCCCAAACCAUCUCAAUUGUGUGGGUGACACUGAAGUUGUGGCAGCCUUAUUUUCAGAUCAACUGCAUGCAAAUGGUUAUACAAAGUAGAGGACCUGUGAAUGCUCCUUCCAAAGCUCAGAGCUGGUUCUGUGCUGUUAUGUUCCUCAUUUGCCUUUUGAAGACUUGACUGAUUCUGAUGUUAUUUUCUUUCUACAGGUCUGCAGACAGUCAAUGUGGAUGAGAACUAA